UUCUACACAUGUCAUGUCAUGUCAUCAUAUCAUUUUCAUUUUCAAAAAGCAUGUCCAAAGGAUUUUCAAAAUUCCGCGGUCGACACAAUAUUCCGCCGAUAAAACGCAUUUUGUUUAAAGUCAAUCCUGCCCAGCCGCCGGGUGAUCCCAAAAAAGUAGAUUUCGACGUCAAAAGAAUACCAAAACCUCCGCAGUUCAUAGAAAAUGCAUCUUACCAAGAACAAAUGAGACGACAUUCCAAGAAAGUACAAAGGACUAUUGAGUCUUUACGAACUGAGGCAAACAAGCAAAACGAGUUCCCGAAAGUUCAAGAUUAUCCAGACGAUCUAAUGUAAACAAGUUCUGUGGAAUGACAUUAAAAUAAAAUAAAUUCAUAUUAACAGUCGUUGUUCCAAUCGAAGGUCGGAAUUGCUUACCGCAAAAAUUCAAUGUAAUUUCCCAUUAAGGCCUCUUAUUAAAUUCUCUACCCUGAAAAAAAAUAACUUCGCCCUUCUUGGCUGCAAAUUCUAAUUUCGGGAUCCUAAAACGUUUCUAAUAAAUUAUUCCUGAAAUUUAUUAAAUAUUAAAGUGGGCCCCGCCACAAG